AUGUCGCGAAAAGGCAUCGGCAUCGCGGCCUUUGACCGGUCCCGCCUGACCUCGGCGCAGUACGCCUCUCACGGCUCCAACCUGCGCAGCAGCAACGCCCAGGCCCUCGAGACGCAGCUCUCCGUCUUCCGCUCCCUCCUCCAGCAGUUCGCGCAGACCCACGCCAAAGACAUCCGCUCCGAUCCCUCCUUCAGGGCGCAGUUCGCGCGCAUGUGUUCCGCCAUCGGCGUCGACCCCCUCGCGUCGUCAUCCUCCUCGGGCAGCGGGGGCGGCUCGUCGUCGAUAUGGGCGCAGCUGCUGGGCAGGUCGGUCAACGACUUCUACUUUGAGCUCGCGGUGCGGGUCGUCGAGGUGUGCGGCGCGACGCGGGACGAGAACGGCGGUCUGAUUGGGGUUCGCGAGGUGCGGGAGCGCAUCAUGACGGGCCGGAUGGAGGGCGCGAGCGAGGUCACGGAGGACGAUGUGCUGAGGGCCGUCGGCACGCUGAAGCCGCUGGGCAGUUCGUUCAGCGUCAUCAAGGUUGGAAGCAAGGACUACAUCCGGAGCAUACCGAAGGAGCUCAACACGGACCAGAGCGCCGUGCUCGAGGCUGUUCAGGUGCUGGGGUACGUCAGCAUCUCCAUGCUGAUGGUCAACUUGAAGUGGCCGAAGGCGCGGGCGCAGACGGCGUUGGAGGACCUGUUGGGUGAGGGCAUGUUGUGGGUUGACAAGCAAUGUCCGGAAUGGGAGUAUUGGAGUCCCGGGUUCAUGGUGGACACCGGAGAGGCCACGGCCGGGGAGUGA